AUGGUUACAGAAUUCCUGGAGAUUAUUUUUGGCCUGGGGUGCUGGCUCCUUUAUUUUAGUUUGGAAACGGAUGCCAGUAAAGGAGGAGGCCUGGAAGCUUCCUGUACAUUUCAUGGCAAGCUGUACCGAGCAGGGGAGAGCUGGCACCCUUACCUGGAGCCUCAAGGGGUGAUGUACUGCCUCAGGUGCACCUGCUCCCAGGAUGCCAAGGUUCAUUGCUACCAGAUCCAAUGCCCGGUUCUUCAGUGCCCAAAUCCUAUCAGCGACCCUCACCAGUGUUGUCCAAGAUGUCCAGAGCUUAAGGCUCUUUCUGGACUCCAGACAGCAGUCAACUUCUCCUGCCAAUACAACGGGACCACGUACCAACAUGGUGACCUUUUCACCAACCACGAGCUCUUCCCUUCCCGGCAGUCUCACCAGUGUACCCAAUGCAGCUGCUCCGAAGGCCAGAUCUACUGCCAUUUGGUGACGUGCCCAGAGCCGUUGUGUGCCUUACCCCAAACCGUUCCAGACUCUUGCUGUCAAGUCUGCAAAGAUAAUUCCUUUGAGAAGUUAAUAGAAGAGCCUCCUUUAAACAGAGGUGUGAGACAUUCACAAGAGCGGUGUCCAGGGGACGAUGGCAACAGCAAAGGCCUCUUAGGCAGGGCAGAUCCUCCGGCGGGUCCUUCGCUGGAGCUCCUCCGAAGAAACCUCAGGCCAAAUGGGAAAAGUGGCACAAUUGUGAAAAUCAUCCUGAAGGAGAGGCACAAAAAAGCGUGUCUGUACAACGGGAAGACUUACUCCCACGGGGAGGUGUGGCACCCCACCGUCCGCCACGUCGUGCGCCUGCCUUGCAUCCUGUGCACCUGCAGAGACGGGAGCCAGGAUUGCCAGAAGGUCUCGUGCCCAAAGGAAUACCCCUGCGCCAACCCUGAACAGGUGGAAGGGAAAUGCUGCAAAAUAUGCCCAGAGGACAGAACGACACCAGCCCAGGAUGGGUUUGAUGCCACCCGAUGCCGAGUGUCUGUCUAUACGUUUGUGUCGCCGUCGUCCGCCACCGAGCACCCCGCGGAGAACUUGAGGAAGAUGGCAAUAGAGCGGGAAUCCUCGGAAGAAGUGGAAAUCUACACCUGGAAGCUCGUCAAAGGAAUAUUUCAUCUGAUUCAGAUCCAGAAGGUGAAGAAGCAGGAAUUCAGGCAAGAAGUACAAAACUUUCGGCUGGUUUCCAGGACAAACGAAGUUUACUGGAAGAUGUUCUUGGUUCAAGGGCAAGAAGUGAAGGCGACUGAAAGUCCAGGAAAAGAAACAAAGAAUUUGUAAAAAAAGAAGACGAGAGAUUGAAAGAUUGAGAGAGAGAGAGAGAGAGAGAGAUGUAUAUUUGAUAUUAAUAUAUACGGGAAAAGUUGCAUUAUUCAAUAAACCAUCACGUCAUUUAUGGAGAAGACAAUCCACUGCAACAGCUUUAUAAGAAAUCUAGCCAAGCCACCCAGCUGUGCCGAUGGUGAUGAUGACAAAGUGGCCACUGCAGCUUUCAUCCUGCGAAUCCGUCUUCUGGAUUCUGCAAGAGCCAAUGGAUUCUGCAUCUGUCAGCUUCUUACAGGGGGGGAAGGGGAGCUGAGAUUGGAAAAAAGAGACCCUGUGUUCUUAGAGGGCUACGAUCAAAAUAAAUCUGUGGAAAGGGAUUUAUUGC